CUAGAACUCGCCAGCCGGGAACAAACUCAUUCAGUUCAAUUAGUUAAGAUCUACCCGACCCGGAAAGUAGAUGCCCUAAUAAAACGCUGUACGCUACAGUUUUUACUUUUCCGGCUUUCAGCUCACAGUUUUGCGAAAGCUUUGGCUCUGUUUUCUCCUGGUCUCGCAAACCAAAGGGAACAUCAGGUCACUAACGCAGUCUCCCUCGCGGCGAAGAGUGAUUAAUGGACUGGAACAGUACUCCGGCGGAGCAAGCAGAGCCGCCGAUGAGCCGCCGGUCUUCUCUACCGCUAUCCUCUACCAUUCCCGCCAGCCCUAACACCGUCUGGGUCGACGCCACGCCGCUCCUCCAGGCCGCUUGCACAGAUCUUCUGGAUGGUGAGCUCAUUCACGGAGAGAAUUUCAAUCUUUUCGCUGCCAUGUCUGCUUUAGAGAUAAUGGACCCAAAGAUGGAUUCUGGCAUGAUAUGCAAGUACUAUUCAGUUGAUGAGGCAAUCGAAGACGGUGUUGGUCCAGUUCCAAUAAGCUUUGAUAGAACCACAGAUGUUCAAUGCACAUUAGAUAUCAUGGACCAUCUCUUAGCUUGUGAGGCAACGUGGCACAAGGGUCAUUCACUUGCUCAAACUGUGUUCUCUUGUAUCUACUUGUUGAGGCCCGAGAGAACAGUUCCAUCCCCAAUAUUGCAUUCAUAUUGCAAAAUCAUUCGGGCUACCUGCAAGGCUAUUGUUUCAGUUGUCUCAGAUGCCCGUACACAUGAAGAAGAGGAUCUUUUUACCAUGGCUUAUGGACUUCCUUUGGACGGGGAUGGAGAUGAAAAGAGCUUGUCUUUGCUAAAUGCUGUUGAAGAGAACCUGUGUCGUCAGUUGCGUGCUUGCAAGGCUCAAUCAUCUAGAAGAAAACAAGAUAUGGAACCUUUGCAAUCUGAUAUUGACAUGGAGGAGGGCUACUGUAAAGCAUUGUUAUGCCGCUUACGCUUUCGUAAGCAUUUUUUUCAUGUACUUGCUUGUAUGAGGCGGCCUCAAGGAAAAGGCUUGGAGCUGGCCAGGAAACAUAUAGCUUCAUCCAUAUCAGAGCUGGAGUGCAUUCGUAAAUCAGCAGACUUUCUAAUAUCAACUGCUUCUGGCGGUUGUUCAAUUGGUAUCGAAGAUAGAACAACUGCAUCUGGACGGAAACCUAUUGGUUUUGAUGCUAGUUUGAAUAGUAGAGUCUCUGCUCCUGCUCCACCUCGCUCAAUAAAAAUGCUUAGUUGGAAUAAGGCCAUUGAGUAUUUUGAAAAACUUCUCCGUGAUCUAGAUUUUAUUUGUUCCUAUUCAUUGGACCCAUCCUUGGAAGUUCUGCUACGGUUCGUGACCCAGUUUCAGAGUUCUCGACCUGAUCUAGUUGCAAGAUCACAUCUUCAGGUUCCUUAUUCUUUGCCCUCCACUGAAACUCUUUUGCUGGUUCAAGAGGGAAGGCUUUAUGGACGGGAUCCUAUGUUUGCUGUAAUUACUAGAGCUGCAGGGUUGCCUGAAACCACAAAGAACCAUGAUAUUCAGAGAUAUGAAUCUGUUAUGCAACUAGGGCAGUUAGUCAUCAACAUGCUCAAAAUUGUUUGUACAAAUACUGCAUGGCAAAGGCGUAAACUAGGAAAAAGUUUGCAAGAUUGGCGUGUUAUCUAUGUACAGCUAGAGCUUGCUUUCACAAACAAGUUUGGAGAAGUAUUAGCAACUUCAAAUGACGAGAAUGGUGUUGCAAGAGUUGUCAAACAAAUCCUGAUAUGGUUGGAGGAGCAGGCGUACUGGAUAGCGUUUCGGUUUCUCAUGUUGGGCUUCGAGUUAGAGCUCUACUCGCCUAGCGAAUUCUUCAUGGUAUACUGGUACCUUUAUGCUGUCUUGGUCAAGCUAGCUGAGAAAACAGAUUCUAGAAUGGAGAUCACUGAGAUCACUGCAGCUAAACGGAAGGGAAAGAAACGAAAGGAUUCAUCGAAAGAUGUAGGAAGAGAGACUCGGAUUCCACCAGCAGUGCGUUUUCUUCAGUGUCAAAUCCACCUCGUCGAAGGGCUCACACUCGUAAUCAUACUUUGGAUUUCGUCCUAUGUUUGUCUGCUGCAGGCUGCUUUAAGAAACGAAAUGGCGGCCUUACACAGUCUAACCCCAUUCAACUCCGAACAAGAGAUCUUCCUCCAGCAUUUCGAGCUUCUCCAGAAAGCUUGUAUUCCAGAGCAAAUAACCUACCACUCGUUCAAGGAAUCCACUUCGUACGCCAGGUUCUCGAACAUAGCAACGCCCAACUGCUUCCAACAAGCACAGAAGCUGGCCAAAGAGCUCAGGAGCAGCUUCUCGAACGACCAUGACCGGCUAGCCGAGCUCAGGAGGUUAGAACAGGUGGCGGAGCACAACAGCGUGGCUAUGAACGUCAUCUGCCAGCUCGGAGCUGUGGAACCUAAUUCCCUGAAGGUUUCGUUCGAGUUCAUACACCACCCGUGUUAUGCGACAGCUGUAGUCCGGCGAGCUUGAGAGGCCAAAGGCAGCACAAAUUUUGGAAGCCCAUUUGUUAGAGAAGGCAAUCAGUCAGCUAAACAGUUGUUCCCUCUGUAACAUUCUGUAACUUGUUUUUUUGGAAAAUUGCUCCUCUUUUUCUCUCCAUUUGUUUACUUUUCCUAGGAAUAUAAGUAGUUAGUAUUCAGUUUUUGCUUGUUAAUUUUUGUUGCUUCAUUAGCAUGCCCAUUUGAGAUAAGCUCAGAAAUCAGAAUCAUAAACCUGCAUCUAGUUUGGGUGAUAACCGAAGAUCAUAAGGAGCCUUUGUUUCUUAUUUCCAAUUUUGCUAUUGUACACACAGGCGUCUGGAACCGUUGGAUUGAGCGCGGACGAUUCAUGAUUGUUGGAUUGAACCGUUGGAUUGAGCGCGGAUGAUUCGUGAUUGUUGGAUCGAAUAGUCGGAUUGUGGAUCCGGUCACUCAAUCUGACGAUACCAUACCCCAAGCCGC